AUUUAAAAAGCAUCUCUUCUCAACUUCUACAAUUGUAAACCUAAGGAAAAUUCAGCCGACUAGUUAUGGCCGACACACAAAAUUCAUAUUAUGCUGGAGAAAUCAUUGAAAAUCUAAGUCUAAUGCAGGACAAAGUUGUGGAUGCACGCUGUAAGAAAUUUAUGACAGAAGCUCAUAUCGAAAUACUCCUCAAAUGUCAAAAUAGGAAACUCGAGCUGGAGAAAUUUUCCACCAAGAUUUAUGAUCGGAAGCUGGAAAUCGAAAAGCUGUUAAAGCAGAAGCAAGCUUUGGAAAUAAUAAUUCAAGAUGCUGACACAGAAUUUGAUCAAUUCGUGGAUAAUCUAUCCGAUAGGUUAAAGUUUAUGGUUAAUUCGAAAAGGACAGUGAAUGCUAUGUACCUAGUCAAAAUUGGCAAGCUAUUGCGUAAGGGAGCAAUGCGAUAUGAAAUUGAUCAGCAGCUACCGGUUGAGCAAGUCCAAGAGAUCAAGAGUGAAAUUGCUCGUCAAUUUGGGGUGUCGGAGCCGGUGCCGGAGAAUGGGGUUCUCUGAUGGGGGCGCGGGGGAGUUGAGGAGAGGUUUGGAAGAAUUUUUAUUUGAUGUUGAUAAAUUUUCUUGUUUAACUUGAUUAUCUUUAUGUUUUGGCCAUGGUAAUGCUAUCGAAGUGCAAAAUAGUUUGUUUUUUCA